GUCGAAAUUUCUUCAUUACAUGAUUUUCCUCCAUGAAAUAGCUUGAGUUUAACCGUGUUUCAUCUUUUCCUCUCUUUUCUUCUUUCUCUUCCAGUUUGUUUAUCAUAGGAAACAAAAACCAAAGACAGGUUUUUUUUUUUUUUCAAAAUUUUCAAGUCCAAUUCUUCUCUUUCAGCCUGUUUCCAUUUUCUUUGGCCACUGUUUUGUGUUGGGUUUUCCAACUUUUAUUUUUUCUUUUUUUGGGAAACUAAAGUUAAAGAUGAAGAAACAGAGAGAUAAGAUGACAUGAAGCAUGAUGGAGCAAGUGCCAGGGACGUUGGGAACAAGCGCUAGCUUGGCUCUUCAUUUGGGACAAACCAUUUUCUCCUCUGCUUCACUUCUCUUCAUGUGUUUGGAUGUUGAAUUCUAUAGCUACACUUCUUUCAGCUACUUGGUAACAGUCAUGGGUUUAGUAACUCCAUGGAGUGUGUCAUUAGCAUUGGUUGAUGCAUAUUCUGUGUUUAUUAAACGCUUACCACGACAACCAAGGGUACUGCUGAUCGUCAUUGUGGGAGACUGGGCCUUGUCGUUUCUCUCACUAGCAGCAGCCUGCUCAACUGCUAGUGUAACAAGUCUCCUGGUCGAUGUUGGCAAGUCAAAUUGCCCAUCAAAGUUAUGUAGCAGAUAUCAGUUGUCUGCUGCUAUGGCUUUCUUGUCCUGGUUCCUAUCCUUCUCUUCAACUCUCUUAAAUCUUUGGCUGCUUCCUUCUUUGUAACUUCUUGCUACUUUCAACCCAUUAUUAUAUACAUGAAUUGUACAUUGACAUUAUUUUAUACAAACAACAAAGUCUUGAACGAUCAAAUUGAAUCUCAGUGAUUUUGAAUAAAGUUUACUUGCCAAUUCAUGUUUUAUUGGGCUGCCUUAACCGCUCU